UGUUCAAAUCUGUACUCAUAUUGUUUUAAUCAAUCGCAUCGUAGUUACCUCGAGUCGAAUCGCAUUUCAGUGUUCAUCCGGCUUCUGUAUCAAAGAUUUUCUUCUGGUUCAACAAGGGGUUUGAAAAAAAAAACAACCAUUAUGCAUUUAAAAUGUGCUGUUAUUCUCUGCACAUUAUACUUCAUGACCGCCACACAGGUAAAAAGCAUGGGACUCAAUGAAGAUCAAGUCAAAAACAUUGUAAACACAUUCAAAAGACACAAUAACCGCAUAGACUUAAUUACCUCAGCACUAUGCAGGGAAUAUAAUUUAGAUUUUGAACACAAAAGAGAUAGGAAUGGAGCUGAAAAAGUACAAGAUCUUUUGGUAUUUCUGGCCAGUAACGAUAAGAUUAAUGAUAACCCGAAGCUACAAAGUUUAUCGACAUACGAAGUAAAACUUUACUUGGGCUUGCUUAACAAAUACGAUCACAGCGGACUACUUAACUACAACGAAGUAAAAAACGUCAUUGGCGCUUUAAAUCUAGAACAAGAAGUCGAAAAAAAAUUAGUUGAAGAAAUAGAUAACAUUUUUAUUAUUUUGAUACAAGAUUCAAUUGCAGUCUCGGUUCUACAUAUAUUGAGUGAAACAACUAAUGCCCCAAAAUUCUUAGAGGUCUUUUUGAAAGUAAAACCAAAAGGCAAAGGUCUGAACAAAAAACGAAUUCUGGAACUCAUCAAUUUAUAUAAGAGUCACAAAAUAGCUGGCGAUUACAUUGACCCUGUUGAAAUAGCAAAAUUUUUCAAAAACUUAUCUAUAGUUAAACAAGAACACGAAGGCCUUUUGGUUUUUGAUUCCAUACGAACCGCUCCUUUUCAAUUGAAAGAGCUGUUGCUUGUUUCAGCAGAAUACAACAAAGAGGCCAACCAAGAAAAUGGACCCGUAUAUUCAACCGAUUCAGUUAGAGAUGUUUUAUGGAAUUUCUCUAAAUAUGACGUCAACCAAAACGGUUUAAUCGAUAAGGAAGAACUAAAAGGAAUUGAAGAACGUCACUACCAGGACGAAGACGUUGACUCUAUCUUUGAAGACUUCGAUAUCGAUAGAGACCAACAUUUGAACAUUGCAGAGUACUGUAGGAUGGAAUUUACGCAGCAUGAGCGAAUGAACGCUGAAAAAACAGAGCAUGAGCGAAUGGACUCUAAAAAGGAGGAGCAUGAGGUAACAACGCUGAGAAAGAGGAUAGUAAAAAAAGAACGCUGAACAAAAUUAAUGUGUUUUUACAGAAUUAAAUGUUAUAUUAAUCGUAUUACAUACGAAUAUUUUUUAAGAGUGCUUUAAUUAUGGGUAAUCAGUUUCAAAUUUGAUGUUUUAAGAUUAUUUUCAAAGCUGUAUAAUUUUACAUAUAUAUUUUAGUUUAUUCUUUAAACGAAUAGACAGCGAUAUCAACUCAUAUUAAU